UGUACGCAUCAUGUCUAGCGCAGUUUCCAAACAGUUUCGGAUGUUUGAACCAGAACAAACUUAAUAACAAACCCUUGCUGUCACUGUGACAUGGAACCGCAUUAAAUUACUGUAACAUGGAACAGCACUAAUUAAAUACUGUUUCAUGUCAAACGCUUCCUAUAGGUUAGGUUAAUGGCAUAAAUAAAAAAUGUUUUCUUUGAGGGUUAAAGGUAGUCGACUGCGUAAAAAUUCAUUUUUAUAUUUAUAAAAUUAUGCAAAAUGACGUCCGUCAUGUACCGAAAGUCAGCGUUCAAAACCAGGCAAGUAGUCAAAGCUUUCCCGAAAGCUUGCGUGUCGAUCUGGUCUCCUCUCGCGGAAGUUUUCAAUGCCAGACCAACUCAAAAGUUCAGCUUUCGUCAAGACUCUGUAGGUUUAUUCGGCAUCCCCGAGUUGUCGUCUUCCGAAGGGUUCCAUCAGCUGCAACAGAAAUGCGUGAGCCAAACGGAUACUCUGAUAGAAGAGGCCCUGGAUCCGUCCCGUCCCAAGAAAAUGGUCCAGAUUUUUGACGAAAUGUCGGACUCCCUGUGCCAAGUGGCGGACCUCGCAGAAUUCGUCAGGCUAGCACAUCCUGAGCCAAGCUACAGUCGCGCUGCUGAAAGUGCCUGCGAGACGGUGAGCGAAGUCGUGGAGAAGCUCAACACGAAUCUUGGUUUGUACAGAGCCUUGAAGGAAGCAGUUACAACGGGAGAUGCUGGGAGAAACAGCGUGGUGGAUAAGCACGUGGGGGAGCUCUUCCUCCUAGACUUUGAACAGUGCGGGAUUCACCUACCAGAGUCGGACAGAAAUAAGGUUGUUGCUCUAACCAAUCUCAUCCUCAAUCUAGGCCAACUUUUUGUAGCUGGUUGCUCCACUCCUCGUGUGGUCCAAAAGUCCCUUCUUCCAAGCAACGUGAGGAACGUUUUGACUAGUGACGGCGACACUGUUUCGGUGUCAGGACUCUACACAGACUCGGGAGAUUCUGUGGCCCGCGAAAUGGCUUUCAAACUGUUCCUGCACCCGGAUCCCAAUCAGGACAAGCUGCUCAAUAGACUGCUGGAAUUCCGAGACCAGCUGGCCAAGACUUGCGGGUUCGCAACGUACAGUACCAGAGCUUUGAGGGGGGCCAUACUCGACAGCCCGAAGCACGUGAUGCACUUUCUGGAAAAGCUAUCGGAGGAAAUUUGGGCCAGGUCGGAAGCGGACUUUGCCACCAUGAAGAAGAUGAAAUCUUGGGAAGACUCUGAUAGAGGUCCCGUGCAGGCGUGGGACGUGCCAUACUUGACCAGCAAGGCAAAGAAAGAGUGGUUCAACGUGUCGGCCAAAGAGUAUUCCCCAUAUUUCUCUCUAGGAGCUUGUAUGGACGGACUGAAUCUCCUGUUCGAGUCUCUCUACGAGGUACAGUUAGUCAACACAGAAGUGGCACCAGGCGAGGGCUGGUUCUCGGACGUGUACAAACUCGCCGUCGUUCACCGAUCCGAAGGCUUACUGGGGUACAUCUACUGCGACUUCUACGAGCGUUCCGGCAAGCCAAAUCAAGACUGCCACUUCACGAUACGGGGCGGCAGGAGCCUGCCUGACGGUACUUACCAAACCCCCGUGGUCGUGUUGAUGCUGAAUCUACCGACGCCGCGCUGGUCCAGCCCCUCGCUACUCAGCCCCAACAUGGUGGACAAUCUGUUUCACGAAAUGGGGCACGCCAUGCAUUCCAUGCUCGCGCGGACGCAGUACCAGCACGUGAGUGGUACCCGGUGCAGCACGGACCUAGCAGAGGUUCCUUCUGUCCUCAUGGAGUACUUUGCUUCGGAUCACAGGGUGCUCAAGAGGUUCGCCAGGCAUUUCCAGACGCAGGAGCCCAUGCCGGAUGAUAUGCUGCGGAGACUGUGCGCUUCGAAGCACUUGUUCACUGCUAGCGAGACUCAACUGCAGGUUUUCUACUCGGUGAUCGACCAGAAGUACCACGGAGUCCAUCCUUUGAAGGGUACUACCACAGAAGUGCUGGCGGACACGCAGAAGGACUUCUACUGCAUGUCUUACGUGCCCAACACUGCUUGGCAGCUGAGGUUCAGUCAUUUGGUGGGUUACGGGGCGAAGUACUACUCGUAUUUGGUGUCUAGAGCGCUGGCGCACUCCAUUUGGAAGAACUACUUUGAAAAGGAUCCUUUUAGUAGAGCGAAUGGGGAGAAAUAUCGUUUAGAGUGCUUGAGUCACGGCGGAGGGAAAAAUCCCAAGAAUUUGAUCUCGGAUUUUCUAAAAGUGGAUCCGCAUCCUCAGACUCUGGCUAGUUUUUUAAUAGACGAGAUAGAUUAUCAUCAAGAUAAAGUUGACGAUGUUGUGAAACGAAAAACUUGAAAUGAGAAUGAAAAAAUUCUUGUCUUAGAAUAUUUGAAGUUGCGACUUUUUAGUUUUUGUGUUGUGUUACGCCCGGCAAUACUUCUUAUUGUGAUGCAAUAUAUUUAUUAAUGAGAAACUGUAAAUAAAGUAAAUGAAAAAUGA